ACUGGCGAAUGGAGAGCGACCCGUCGCAUUGAUGUUGAUGACAAAUGGCUUAGUGAAGUGGUUUAUCUAUUGCUGGUUACAAAAGAGUUGUAGUGUGAUACACUUUUUAUUCGAGCCAUCAUUUGGUUUUUAUUUUCAACAACACUGGUUUACCUACAAAGCUACUAACGUGUUGAUGUAAUUGUAUCAAAAUGAAAUAGACAUUUUUAGUGGGUACAGGAUAGGAUGAAAUGGAUAUUGUUUACUGUUCUACUUUCCACUUCAUCGAAUUUCAAAUACUGCACAUUUUGCACACGAAUUCUGUCUCGAGAGUGCUUCUCAUGGAUAAACAGGAUAUAUUACAUUGGAGGAAAGGAUAAUAUAAUUGAUCGAACACGGAAAACUUAGAAGUCUUCAACACAGAUUGAUCAUUCUAACGAACCGGCAAUAUACCACGCACCAAUGCUGGCUGCAUCCUGAAUGAUACCGUUCUCGUGUCACGAGACGCACCCGAGCAACGUGAUUGGCAGUCGCGUACAAUCAGUCCUGAAAUGUCUUCGCGAUCAGAUCGUCAUCAUGUCUACGCAGUGUUGGGGUAUCUCGGCAGUAUUUAUAUUCUGUUGUGCUCUCUUUCCGGCACUGUAGAUUCUGGUAAAGUGUUCAAUUAUUGUCAAGCGGGACUGUGUACAUCCGGAACACGACAUGUUGCAUGCAAUGGACACAGGUUCGGAAGCAACUGCACAAGGCCGAUGCUGAUAAAAAUGUCGCCCAAAUAUGUCAAUCUCAUUCUGAACUAUCAUAAUGCCAAACGGAACCAUCUGGCAUGCGGAUCGAUGCGACGAUAUGGGUCGGCAAGUUCUAUGCAGAAGUUGCACUGGAACGAUGAAUUGGCUCUGUUGGCGGAAUAUAAUGCUAAAAGCUGCGAUUUUGCACAUGAUGAGUGCCACAAUACUAUCAAAUACCGAUACACCGGACAAAGCAUUGGAAUGAAGUGGUUUCACGGAUUAAACUAUACGACAACCCGAGUUGUUCGGGACAUUCUACGAAACUGGUAUUUGGAACACAAGUUAGCCAAACAGCGAGACCUGGAUCGAUUCAUGUUUGGUCCUCACGCGUUCGAAAUCGGACACUUCACACAGAUGGUCCACGCCGAUACUACCGAGCUCGGAUGUGCACUAGUUCGCUUUUUGAAGCGGACGAAAAACAUUUCCUUUGUCCACUUCUAUUUGGUGUGCAACUAUUCCGAAGGUAACCUCGUCGAUCGGCCAGUUUAUCGACAAGGGAAGCGGUGCAGUCGAUGUAAACAUGGAUGCACUGGGGCAAAAUUUCGCUGUCUAUGUCGUGGAUAGACUCAAUAGAAAGGAUUACCCUUUUCUACGAUAUCUCCUUUAAGCUCUCUAACCAUACGCAUGUUUCCGUGUUCCAGAACGUGCGACAAGUAAAGAAACUGAAUGAUAUAGUACCGAUGAGCAAUAAAAAUUGAAAUUAAA